GCAAGCGAGUCCUGAGGCGCGGCGGGGCGACAGUUUUGCGACACACGCUAGAGCUGUCUUAGCCGCUGUCCGCUUCCGAGUGCAAGCGGCCGCCGAGACCGGCCGUCCUGAGGCAGCAUGUUCGGGGCCGCGGAGGAGGAGGACGCGGACUUUCUGUCCCCUACGGGCGGCACCAGAUUGGCCUCUCUCUUUGGAUUGGAUCAAACUGUAUCAGUCCAUGGAAAUGAAUUCUUCCAAUAUACAGCACCAAAACAGCCUAAAAAAGGCCAACCAGCGGCGACAGGUCAGCCAGCCCAGAAGAUGCCUACAACCACAGCGGCUUUAGCAGCCCCAUCAGUAUUUGUCGCCGCAGCAGUUCAUGCCUUUCGAUACAUAAAUGGGCAAUAUGUUAAGCAAGGCAAGUAUGGAGCAGCUGUGGUGGGGAACCAUGCUACCAAAGAGUAUAAGAUCCUCCUUUAUAUCAAUCAACAGCAGCAGGUCACGAUUGCCAGGAUCCAUCCAGGGUUUGUGCUCACGGUUCAGCCCAACAACUACAGUACAUUUUAUGAUGAUCAGAGACAAAACUGGUCGAUCAUGUUCGAGUCAGAAAAGGCAGCCAUGGAUUUCAGUAAACAGCUAUGCAUUGCCAAAUGCAACAGCAUCCCUUCACUGGACUCAGUAGUGUACCAGGAUCUCAUUGUUGGAGAGGGGCAGGGAUUGGAAGUAGGAGACUCUCUGGAGGUUGCCUAUACUGGUUGGCUGUUCCAGAACAAUGGGCUUGGACAGGUGUUUGAUUCAAACGUCAACAAGGACAAGCUGUUGCGUCUGAAGCUGGGUUCUGGAAAAGUCAUUAAGGGUUGGGAAGAAGGGAUGAUGGGGAUGAAGAAAGGGGGAAGACGACUUCUCAUUAUUCCUCCAGCAUGGGCUUAUGGGUCCCAAGGAGUAGCCAGUCGCAUUCCUUCUGAUUCCACCCUGGUUUUUGAGGUGGAAGUUAAGCGGGUGAAGCUGGUAAAGGAGUCUGGCACUGAUGGGCAGAGUAUUAGUUCUAGGGAUUCUUCUGCAUCUUCCCCAGUACCCAAUUCGGACAGCUUCUCCGCAGACCCUGUCGGAUUGCCUCCUUUGACAAUACCUCUCAAGCCUGGAGAGCCAGCUGUUCGGACCAAGUCUAACUCUAUAAAUGAACAACUAGCAAAUCCUGAUGUAGCAAAAGCAAAGCUGAUUUCUCGGAUGGCUAAAAUGGGACAGCCUAUGCUACCUUUCCUCGCAGGAACAGCAGGCACCCAGCUUGACUCCAGUGACUCAGAAAUAGAGGACCCAAAUACAUUGAGAGGAACAGCACAGCCUGUCUCUUCAUCCCCCAAGAGACCUUUCUCGCAGCCAGCUCAUGCAGUACUGCCUCAGUUGACAACACAAGUACCUCAGCCAUCUGUUUCUGGGCUCCAAGCACCCUCUGCUGCCUUAAUGCCUGCAACCCUCCAGCCCCAUUCAGCUCUUCCUGGAAGUGCACAGAGUUUUCAGCCGUAUGCAGGAAUGGCAUAUGCCUAUUCUCAAACUGCAGCUGCUUCUCAACUCCAGCCUGUAGGACAGAUGUAUCCAGCAUCUUUCCAAGCACCUAGUGACGUUACUUCAUUCUUGAUGACAGAAGCUCGACAACAUAACACUGAAAUCCGAAUGGCUGUUAGCAAAGUAGCUGAUAAAAUGGAUCAUCUAGCUGCCAAGGUGGAGGAGUUACAGAAACAGAACACUAGCAACAACUUGCUGCUACCUGGCAUCUCUUCAGUUACCAUGGAAACUGCCAUGAUCAUGAGCAAUAUCCAGCGCAUCAUUCAGGAGAACGAGAGGUUGAAGCAGGAGAUAUUUGAGAAGAGCAGCCGGAUUGAAGAACAGAAUGAGAAGAUCGGCGAAUUGAUUGGGCGGAAUCAGCGGUAUGUUGAACAGAGCAACCUGCUGAUGGAGCAGAGAAACAACUCAUUGCAAACAACAAAUGAACACACUCAGGCAAGGGUGUUGCAUGCAGAGCAGGAGAAGUACAUGCUGCCAGUGGAUCGGGGCUGGGACCAGGUCAAAGUUGCAGAGAAGCUGGCAGCUGCUACAUCACAGGUCUCCCAUCUGCAGUUGGAACUGACUGCUCACCAGAAGAAGGAGAUGGACCUGCACACACAGCUGACCACAGCCCUGCAGGAGGCAGAGAUGAAUGAGGCACAGCUCAACAAACUGCAAGCACAGCUAGCUGAGCUUCAAGAAUCCUCAGAAGACAUGCAAGCUAAAUUCAGAGCUGAGAAGCAGAGCCGCAGGCAACUGGACCUGAAGGUUACGGCGCUGGAGGAAGAGCUUGCAGACCUGAAAGUGGAGAAAGAGAACCUGGAAAAGAAUCUUGUUGAGAGGAAGAAGAAAUCCCUCUUGGAGAGAAGCCAGGCUGAGGAAGAGAUGGAUGAGAUUCGCAGGUCCUACCAGGAAGAACUGAACAAACUUCGACAGCUCCUGAAAAAGGCACGGACUUCAACUGAUCAAGCAGCAGCAGAGCAGCUGUCGCUCAUUCAGGCAGAGCUGGAAUCCGAGUGGGAAGCAAAAUGUGAGCGCAUGCUGGUCUCUGCCAAGGAGCAGCACUUAAGGCAGUAUCAGGAGGUGUGUGAACAGAGAAACUCUCAACAGCAGUGCAUCACCCAACUGGAAGAGAAGCUCUCAGCUCUGAAACACUCUAGAAAUGUCGAGGAGCAAAAACGAUUUGUGUUUCAGGAGCAACUGGCGCAAUUGGGGCCAAUCAACGAGAAGUAUUCAGUCCUACAGUCCCAUGUUGCUGCCCUGAAGGCUCGCUAUGAAGAGCGUAUUAGGGAGCUGGAGAAGGGUUCUGUACCAGAAAAUCAGGAGAGAUCUCCGCCUGCAGACUCUACAGAGGAGGUGAAAAAGAUCAUGAAUGGGGUAUUUCAGACUUUGAGGGGUGAAUUUGAGCUGGAGGAGUCGUACAGUGGCAGAGCGGUUCUCGGUGUUGUCAUGAACACCAUCAAGACUGUAACUCUGCAGCUGCUCAACAGACAACAGGAGAGGCAAGAGAGCAACAGUGACGAGGAGGAGGAGCCUAGAACUGGAGAGAGGAAAUGGGAAAGUCCACCAAAAGCAAAGGAGGACCAUAAAGGUGCUGUCCAGUAUGGGCCUGCACCAAGCACUGUGUGUCCAACUAAACCAGCUGGUGAGUGUGCUGGUAUUGCUACACCUCCCAGAUCUCCUGAGGAAGGGCAGAGGACCCAGAACACUACUGCAUCAGAAGUGAAGAUGAUCCAGGAGAUGCAUGAAGAGCAUACCUUCUCUGAAUCGGUUCAGCCAGUAAAGCCCAGCCAAGGGCUGGUGGAUCCUGAGGAGGAUGCAGACUCUGUACUGGCUGAGCAAAGGCAGGCAAGUGCUCCCAGUGGGAUAGCUCAGCAUGAAGGCAGCUCACAAAAAGUAGCAUAUGUUCAGGCAGAAACUCCAGAGCCCUCUAUUCUAGACACAAAGCUGGAAGCAAUGGAAGAGGUCAUGCCUUCGGAAACCCCAGCUACAGAGCACAAGGCAGAGGAGCCAGCAGGAGGACUGGAACCCCUGCCUCUGAAAAGUGCAGAGGAGGGGAGUUGUCUGGGAAUUCCAGAUGCACCCAGCUCUGAAAUGGGUACUAGCAUUUCUGACUUAACAUCUGAGAUGGCAGAGAAGGAUCCAGCCACCAACCACAAAACUACAGAACCCCAAGGACUGGCACCUAGCCCCAAGCAUAAGGAUUCCAGUCUUGCUGAGAACGACGAUGACUUAUUUAAAGUUGCAACCCAUAAACCACUAAAGCCUGGAGUUCCACCUGAAGAGGAGGAUGAGGAAGAAGUGAGCAUGAAAGGGCACCCUCCCCCAACCCCACUCUUUGGGGAUGAUGACGAUGAUGAUGACCUGGACUGGCUGGGAUGAAUAGCUGGAAGAUGAUUUGGGUGUGGCAAGCAAGCCUGUGAGCUUCCCCUUUGGGCACAUGGCCUCUUCUCAAGUGUAUUUUGGACUGACCAGCUGCAUUUCCUUGGGAUGUAAAUGGAACAGGCUUGGGACUCUCCAAGCUCCCAAGGUUGCAAGUUAACCGGGGCUGUAAGCAAGUGACAGCACUGCUGGGCAGUUGGACCCAAUCUCACUGGCCUGAUCACUAGCCCGGUUUAUGGGCAAGUUUAAGCAGCCAGCCACUCGUCCUGCAUGUUCCUGUCACUGUCCUUUUGUGCAGCAGAUACAGUGACGAAAACAGGGCAGAGAAAAUUGCUCCUCUCCCAGUACAAUUGAUACUAAACCAACAAAUAUGGAAUUCCAAAGAUCUGUGGGAUGUCAGAUUAACCCUUCACUAGAGACUCUUCUGGAUCCACCUGUAGGGCUUCACAUCCGGCCAUCACAAACAUGCUCACCAAGCAGUUAGAUGCCAAUUGAAAGUACAUGGAGUAGGUUACUAUGGAGACUUCUAAUCCGAGUAUUUCCCGCUCACGCACAUGCCUUGUGGAAACUGAAGGAGUUGAGUUAACAUAGGUGUUGAGUGUUGAACACUGAGCUGUAUAAAGCAAUCAGUGGUGCUCCCUGAGCCAAGGGGUACUCUGCAAAGACUGAAUGCAUCACAGCUCCAUGGAGCUCUGACGGGCUGAGACCAGAGUGCCAGGAGAACGAAUAUUCUGUUAAAUAUGGACCUGCAGCUUCUAGUAAGUGCUUUAAAGACUCCUCUAGUGUUUCCCUUUGUGAGAAUUUAAAUCCCUUUACCCUCACUAAAAUGAGUGACACUGAAGGGUUAUAGUAUGUUCAUGUGUAUCCAGUAUGUUCUUAAUGUGUGUGCCAGCACAUCCUGAAAACUAAUCCACAAUCCCCUUUCAAUGGAGGCAGCACGCUGGCUGAGUGUAGGGCCAAGGAUGAGACUGAGAUUGCCUUUCUCCUAGCCCCUCUACCUAUUGUGAACCUUCAUGCUUUUAGGGCUGAGCUGUCCCACUAGCCUGUCCAAACCACAGACGAAAAGCCUGCAGAAGAGGCAGCCUGUUGCUCACCAAGUGUACAGGUGCAGUGAAACAGAAAAAUUUUCAGCUCCCAUUGACCAUUUAACUAUGUGUGGCACUUGGCAGCAGUGCAGUUCUGAUUAUGAUAAAUAUCUGCACAACAAAACUUUUUGCCUCCUACUCACUGCAAAGUCUGACUCCGUGAAACCACUGUGUCCCACAACCCCUGGCUGUUAGCACUCCCCACCAGUCCCACCAAAGGCACAGUCUGCUCACCAUGCAGUCUGCUCACACCCCCAUACGUACUUCUAACCUGCAUCAGAGAUGGACAUACAUGAUGUGAAUGAUCAUCUGAGGCUGCACUUUGCCAUUGGCAAUAGAAACCCCACAACAACAGCACUACAGACAACAAGAUGUUAGUGGGUUCCCUGUCCAAACAGAGGACGGAGUUACUCUGGGCAGUCAUUUGCCAAUCUGCUGUGCCUUUUUUCUCUGCUGCUAAACGUGGCAGGAUUGUAGUAUAAACUAGAACCCCUUAGAUUAAAGGGGCACUGUUAAAUUAUAGAGGAGAAUGUAUAUAUCUUAACUGGCUUAUUCAGGACACCAUAGGUUAUUGGAACAGAAUUUGUAAAUCCAAUUUUCAUUCUUUGUGCUCUAUUUACUUUUCACUCAGCUGUGAAGUUUCAAUCUUAUUUGUUCAUUUUCUAGUCAUCUCACUUCCAGGGUCUCUCCUGUACACAACCCUGCAGCAUUUUGAGUUGCAAAUAUUGCACAUGAGGGGAGGGAACAAAUUGUUUUUAAAAACAAACACUUCCACUUAAAUUAUAAUAGCAUAAUGGAAACUGUUUAGAUCUGUUCUAGGUUCUGUGAACACUUUUUUUACAAAAAUACCUGAGCAAAAUUUGCAAGUGUUCCUUUAAAUAUAGAAUAACUUAUUUUAAUUCAGGCAGUGGCGAGUACAAACUUGAUUGACAGCAGUGACUCAAUACCCAAGGGCUGCUUUGCUUUAGUGAAUAAAAAUGGAAUAAGUAGCCAAAUUUAAAUAAAAAUAUGAGGAGGACUAACUCCUAUGAACCAGCCGAUGUACUGAAGUGUAAACACUUGUUUUCACAUAAGCCCUCUAGCUUGGGGUAGAGCACCUUGCUCUCAAGUAGAAGCUAUCUAAAGUCAAAGUAUGGAAUAAAUGUGUAAGAGCAAAGGGAUUAACACAUGUAAACGAGGUUUUCCAGAAGUCCCCUUCAUUGUGAUUGUCUCUCUGUAUCUGUCCUUUAAAUGUGAUCUUUGGAAUCAACAUGUCUGUGGAAACUGUCCCCCACUGGAAACACCACUAACUAUAUAACAAAUGCCAUGUCUUUGUCUCCUAUACAGAUUUGAUAAAACCUAAAAAAAUAAAAGUGCAAUUAAACAAAUCUA